GCUUAUAUUGCCAUCCAGGGUUGGUCUAUUGUCAUUAUCAAAGUUGUUGACUGCUUGGAUGCUUGUGAAUGCUAUUUUUGUCAUGAAUGAAGCAUAUGUUCUAUCUAAUCCAUGACAGACUCUCCAGGUGUACUGCUGUGAGCUGACCAUUCAAAAAGAUUUCUUAAUGAAGGCCAGUUUGCAUUUUCAGAAUCCAAUGAGUGUUGUCCUUUUGCCUGAGUUAACCUGCAGCAGACUGCUGCUACGUCACUGCGCCAAUCUGUCAGGUUUUGCUGUUGACCCAUUGACGCAAACACAGGCCAGUCUGAGUGUAUUUAAGCUGGCUUUCCUCAUCUGCAAGAAGAGAGAUUGACAUUGAACGAGAAAUUGUUGAGUCCAUAAGAACGGAUACAAAAAUCUGAUACAGACAGUGUACUGGGAUGAGCUCUGGAAAUAGCUGUGACAGUCUCAGCGACUCGCCUAUUAGCCUGAUAAGAGUGGUGGGACCAACAACACCCAGAAGAGGACCACAUACAUUCAAACUGAGAAUGACAAGGCAAUUCAAAAGCAAACCUCCCAAGAAGGGAGUCAAAGGAUUUGGAGAUGAGAUCCCAGGAAUGGAUGGUCUUGGGACUGACAUCACCGUGGUGUGUCCGUGGGAAGCCUUUAGCCAUCUGGAGUUGCAUGAGCUCGCCCAGUAUGGUAUUAUUUGAACUGGACUACAGGAAGAUGCGUCACCUGGACUUGUUUAGUGGACUAGACUAGUUCCACCUCUGGAUCUGCAAAUGGACACUUCCACCAUUGCCUUGAAACAGUUGUAUAAACGCCAACUCACCAGCCUAUGAAUGCACAAUACACAAUGUAGUGACUUGGAGGAAUUAGGAUUAUUAAGGUUUAUAGGAUGAUAUAAAGCUGUGGAAUGUGGAGCAAUAUGGAAUUUGAUUCCAGUCUGUUUGUUUUCUUUUCUACAGAGCAUAACCAAAAUAAUUAUU